AUGGAGGCGGACUGGGACGAGAUCACGAGGAUCGUGGUGCCUCCAGGCCCACAUAUGCUUCCAACUCCCGCGUCUACAAUAGCAUUCGACGACACCCAGGAGCUUCUAUGGAUUGGCAACGACCACGGCAGAGUGACUGCAUUCUAUGGUCCGGAAUUACAACGAUAUGUCUCGGUCAAGGCACAUAUCAGCGAAGGACCUGUCAGACAAUUUCUAUUCCACGAGCGAGGGGUCCUGUCAAUCGCUGCUAACAGUGUGCAUCUGGUUUCUCGAAAGGGCCUGACACAAUGGCAUCUCAACCAUCCGAGCAUGAUCGACCUGCGUUGUAUGAGCUUCACAUCCAAUCCAGGCCAGAUCCUUCUUGCAGGAUGUCAAUCCGCCAUGCUGGUCGUUGAUAUUGACAAAGGUCAGGUGGUGUCUCAGCUGCCAUCAGAAGCUAGCUAUACGAUGAUGAAGAGAAGUCGCUACAUCUGCGCAGCGACAGAGGCUGGUGCAGUUAACGUGCUUGACACCACCGAUUUCACGAUUUUGAAAUCAUGGAAGGCCCAUGGAACAGCAAUCAACGACAUGGAUGUGCGAGGUGACUUUCUCGUAACCUGUGGCUUCUCUGUUCGCCAUCUUGGAGCAUCAAUAGUGGACCCUCUGGCAAAUGUCUAUGACCUGAAGAGUUUCAGCUCUUUGCCCCCUCUUCCUUUUCAUGCAGGUGCUGCUUACGUCCGCCUACAUCCUAAGUUACAAACAACAAGCUUUGUUGCCUCACAAACAGGGCAAAUGCAGGUAGUUGAUUUGAUGAACCCAAACUCCGUCGAUCUCCGUCAAGCAAACGUCCAAUAUAUGCUGGGUAUCGAGGUCUCACCCUCAGGUGAUGCUCUGGCCAUUAUCGAUGCCGAAGCUUCUAUACACCUCUGGGGCUCUCGAUCAAAAGUGCAGUUCAGUAAGCGGCGUCAAGAAACAGAAUUCGGGGAACCUCAGGCAGAUCGCGCCCCGUUCGUGGAUUGGAAAGAAAUGCCAUUGAACACGAUUGGAAUGCCUUAUUACCACGAACGCCUUUUGUCAGCAUGGCCAAGCCAUAUGGUCUUUGACGUUGGUGCUCCACCCCCCCAGAUAGAUCCAAAUCUUGUCCUUCAGCCUGCGGAAAUGGGCUUCUAUGCGCCGAAUUCCAAACAGUCGCUACGGUAUCAAGUGGAAGACACCCGUGCAAGUCAGCUUGGCUCCUCGAUGGCCGCUCCCAAGUUUCUUAGUGAAAAGGCGAAAGCAAUUCCAAAUAAUAUUGCCCGGAGGAUGUCUGAUGCAGCAGAAGCACUUGCAGGCGCCACCUUGACCAGUCCUACUGACGAGGACCCCAUCAUCAAGUACAGCAAUGUCGAAAUCAAGUACAGUCGAUUCGGAGUGGAUGACUUCGACUUCCGGUACUACAACAAAACGUCCUUUUCCGGAUUGGAGACCCACAUCGCAAACUCCUUCAUCAAUGCUAUCCUUCAGCUCUAUCGCUUUGUCCCUGUGGUUCGUAAUCUCGCCUUGCAUCAUGCUGCCACAAGCUGUAUUGCUGAGAACUGCCUGCUUUGCGAGCUAGGUUUCUUGACUGACAUGCUCGAGAAAGCAGCGGGACAGAAUUGUCAAGCCACCAAUCUACUUCGCGCUUUCAGUGCCUCUCGUGAGGCAGCUAGCCUUGGUCUGUUGGAAGAAAGCACCCUUGCAAGUGGCGUGUCACUGUCAUCCACCAUCCAAUCGGUGAAUCGCUUUCUCCUGAAACAAUUCGCCCAGGACUUUCGAAACUUGGUGGGUAGUUCCGAUGACGUGGACGCUGUCGUUGCUACUGGUGCUUUGGAAUCGAUUGGGUGUAUGUAUUGUGGCAACGAGAUCACACGUCCGGGCACGUCGUACGUUAACGAAUUGGUCUACCCUCCACAUCCACCCAGUGACCCGAAAAAUGUGCUGCGAAAUCCAAUCUUCAAGUUCUCCGCAAUCCUAAAGGCUUCUAUAGAACGUGAAAGCAAGAAUCGAGGUUGGUGCAAUAAAUGCCGCCGCUACCAACAACUCUCGAUCCACAAAUCCAUUCAACACUUACCCUUUGUCAUGAUGAUCAACGCAGCUCUAACCAAUCCCGCCAUGUGGAGCUUAUGGGAGAUGCCUGGAUGGCUCCCUACAGAAGUCGGUGUUCUUGUUCAAAAUAGGAAUGUGUAUUGCUUCGAAAAUGCAGAUCUAGGACUGCAUAUCCGAAACAAAACACCUAAUCUUGUGAUCUACGAGCUGGUUGGCUUUGUGGCAGAGAUCGACGUGGCUGAUCAUCAGCGCCCUCACCUCGUCAGCUUUAUCAAUGUCGACGUAUCGUCUAAUGAACAGAAUGCCGUACAAAAGCCCAGGAGUGCUAAUUGGCAUCUGUUCAAUGACUUCCUUGUUACUCCGGUCACCGACAAGGAGGCUCUUCUCUUCAAUCAGGGUUUCAAGUUACCAUGUGUUUUGUCCUAUCAGAUCAAGUCGGCGCACGGGGCAAUCGAUCAGAGUUGGAAAGAGAAUCUAGACUCAGUUCUUCUGUUCCACCAGUACAGCAUCAAUGGUGGCCGUCCUGCAGCAGAUUGCCAUAUUCUAGGUCCUGAGGAAAAACCUACGCAAGGGACGCCAAUCGCACUGGAUACUGAGUUUGUGGACCUGGAGAAGGCAGAGAUUGAUGUCAAAGCGGAUGGUACACAAGAGACCAUUCGUCCAGCCAAGUCGGGAUUAGCACGUGUAAGCGUUCUGCGAGGAGCCGGUGAGGCAGAAGGCGUUCCAUUCAUCGACGACUAUAUCACCAUCAGGGAUGCCACGAUUGUGGAUUAUAAGACCCAAUACUCUGGCAUUCGCCCAGGUGAUCUAGAUCCUCGGACCUCGUCACACAAUCUGGUUCCACUCAAGGUUGCAUACAAAAAGCUAUGGCUGUUGUUGAAUCUGGGAUGUGUUUUUGUUGGCCAUGGUCUUGCCUCUGACUUCCGAAAGAUCAACAUUCAAGUACCAAAAAGCCAAACAGUUGAUACUCAAUACUUGUACCUGGUCCCGGGGAAGAAUCGCCGAUUCUCACUCCGCUAUCUGGCGUGGGCGGUAUUCAAAGAAUUCAUUCAAGAGGAGAGCGCUGACGAAUCUACGAUAGACGGCCACGACAGUAUCGAGGAUGCUCGCAUGGCCCUUCGACUAUGGCGAAAAUUCCAAGAAUACCAAGAUGCUGGCAUCGUGGAGCAGAUGGUUGAAGAGAUCUACAAGAAAGGUUUUAGAUAUCAGUGGAGACCGCCUGCACGAGAUGGUGCCCUGACUGGCGGCAAUAGUGCCGUGGCUAGUGGGAGGAAUACCCCAGAAGUUGGAGCGAUCAGUGCCCCUGGCACACCUGCCAGAGGUUUUCGAUUGAGCGCUGCCAGUGCAACUGCCUUUGCCCCUCGUUCGGAUGCUAGCAGGAGCGAAGGAUUCGGUGGUAGUCCACUCAGAUGA